UACAGUCAUUCAUACGAGUUAUAUAUUUCUUUUCAAUCAGCAAACAUCAUUCGUUUGUAUGAAGAUGAAUGUUCUUCCUAUAAUUGCAUUUGCGCUCAGUAUAAACCUUGUCUUAGGUCAAGAACUCUGUCCUAGUGGAUUUCGAUAUUGGUCUUAUACUGGUUACUGUUAUUUAUACGUUCGGGAUCUAUAUAAUUUCCGCGAUGCUGAUACUAACUGUGGAAACCUAGCGGCAGGGGGUUAUUUGGUAUCAACCCAUUCAUUGGCAGAAGAAGGCUUUGUACAAGGAUUAGUCGAAACGGGUGACGAUUAUUGGAUUGGAGCAAAUGACGUAAACUCGAACAGUGAUUUUGUGUGGACUGAUCGUUCUCCAAUGGAUUGGACAAAUUGGGAUUGCGAUGAACCUAACAAUUCAGGUGACGAAGAUUGUGUAGAGAGCAAUUUCGGGUUGGAUAAACGAUGGAAUGAUGCCCAUUGCGACAACAGAAAACAAUCUGUUUGUAAAGCUCCAAACAAUCUGAUGGUUACACAUAAGGUCAAAACUGAAAUUGCUGAAAUAAAGAAGAAUGAUGAUAAUUAACUCCAUUGAUGCUUCAUAGAACAUUAAGAAUCAAACAAAAUAUAUUUAAUUAAAUUGUUUGUUGUUCAAAUAUGUAAGAGAUUGUUAUGUAUUUCGGAAGCGGUGUAAUUAGUUUAGUGUAAUUACUGGAAAUGCGUAAUAAACAGUCGGAAGUUUGUCGGUAGUUU